UAGAGUUCCAAUCCAAAACAUUCCAAACACAAAUCAAAUUCGUAAGAUGGCGGGUCUUCAAGCGAAGACGUUAAUGUUCGUUCUGGCAGCUGCCUUAGCGACUCUUGGUCGCACAUUUGUGGAGGCAGACUUCAGUAAGAAUUUUAUUGUUACAUGGGGUAAAGAUCACAUGUUCAUGAAUGGUACCAACCUUCGACUUGUCCUAGACAAAUCUGCAGGAUCUGCUAUUAAAUCAAAGGUGGCUCAUUUGUUUGGAAGCGUAGAAAUGCUCAUCAAACUUGUGCCAGGGAAUUCUGCUGGAACCGUUGCAGCCUAUUACUUAUCGUCUACGGGAAGUACACACGAUGAGAUAGACUUCGAGUUCCUAGGAAAUGCGACUGGUCAGCCGUACACGAUCCACACCAACUUAUAUGCUCAAGGGAAAGGAAACCGCGAACAACAAUUCCGGCCAUGGUUCAACCCGACCAAUGGUUUCCACAACUAUACCAUCCAUUGGAACCCAUCCGAAGUUGUGUGGUUCGUCGAUGGAACUCCGAUCAGAGUUUUUAGAAACUACGAAAGUGAAGGAAUCGCAUACCCGAACAAGCAAGGUAUGAAAGUGUUUGCGAGUCUAUGGAACGCAGAAGACUGGGCAACACAAGGAGGUCGAGUGAAGACUAACUGGACGCUAGCACCAUUUGUGGCCGAGGGUCGUAGGUACAAGGCAAGAGCUUGUUUGUGGAAGGGAUCAGUCAGCAUCAAGCAAUGUGUAGAUCCAACUAUACGGUCUAAUUGGUGGACAUCACCAUCAUUUAGUCAGCUCACUGCUUCGCAGCUGACGAAGAUGCAAAAGAUAAGAGAUGGUUUCAUGAUCUAUGAUUAUUGCAAGGACACUAACAGAUUUAAAGGUGUUAUGCCUCCGGAAUGCUCGAAGAAGCAAUUCUAAUUCAAGUUUCCGGCCAGCGGGCGGAACGAGGAGAGGCUCCGGCAAUCAUAGCACCGCGGUCGAGGUUAAUGGGGACGGACUGUAAAUUCGUUUUUCAUUAUUUUUUUUAAUAAUUUAUUUUUCUGAAUUGUUUUUGUGAGGAUUUUUGUGUGUCUUUGAUUCAUUGAUAACUCGAAUGAGCAAUCAUGAUGAAGAAGAAGAAGUUUUUUUUUUUCCAUUUUUUCUUUGUUAAAAUCCUAUACAAAAAAAAACAAAU